GGGGAGGAGGAAGGAGGGACCGUGUCGGUGGGAUGGUCCGGAAAUCCUGUGAUAAAAAGAGGGGCGCGGGGGAAAAGUAGGGAGAAGCUCUGGACUCAUUGUCUCUCCCCCACCCCGCGCUUUCCCCGGCGGCCCUCAGGCACAUGGGCGCCGGCCGGAGCCUCUAGGAGCAGAGCGGUGCGGAGAAGGAGAGAAGCGGAGGCGCUGCAGCAGCCACCUGCCGCCGACCCGGUACAGCUCAGGUCAGCACUGCGCCCGCAGCCCAGCCAGGCUGCCCUCCAAGGAUUCCUGGUCUCUGCGCACGUGAGGUGUGAAGGUGGGCAGCACCCCUAAGCCAUCAACAUGGAUUUUGUUAUGAAACAAGCUCUAGGAGGGGCUACCAAAGACAUGGGGAAGAUGCUGGGUGGGGAUGAGGAGAAAGACCCGGAUGCAGCCAAGAAAGAAGAGGAACGACAGGAAGCCCUCAGGCAAGAAGAGGAAGAGAGAAAAGCCAAAUAUGCCAAGAUGGAGGCUGAAAGAGAAGUUAUGAGACAAGGGAUUCGAGACAAGUAUGGGAUAAAGAAGAAGGAAGAAAAGGAAGCAGAGGCCCAGGCCGCACUGGAAGCUAACGCUGAAGGGAGUCUGACGCGCCCAAAGAAGGCGAUCCCUCCUGGCUGUGGGGAUGAGGAGGAGGAGGAGGAAGAGAGCAUUCUAGACACAGUCAUCAAAUACCUACCAGGGCCCCUGCAGGACAUGUUCAAGAAGUGAUAGCUGCAGACUGUUAGAUGGGCAUAAACAGUACUGCAAAGGAUUUCUCUUUUGCCCAAUGGGGAUUUACAAUCUUGCCAUCCAUCAUGCAGCCCUCCCCACCUCUGCCCUCUACUGCUCACUAGGACUCCCUUCGCUUCCCAUUCCCUUCUGACUGCCUCUUUCCCUUCCCUCCACCCCAAGACUCAUCCAUUCCUUUUUUGUACAUAGUCACAUCCAGUAGAUGCCUCUGAAUGGAUGUAAAGAUUAAAAAGCUGCAGACUACACAAAUUUUAUUAUAAGCCAUAGUACUAUGUAUGUUAAAUAAAGCAACUGUACAUUAAGCAUAGAAAAGGAACAACCUCACGUGCAUUUCCAUUGAAACCAGGAAGGAGUGUUCACUAAAUGUGAACAGUGGCCUCUUUAAUUUUCUUUGAUUCUCUUUUUAUUAUUAUUUGAUAAUAAUUAUUAGUCAUUUUUAUUAAUGUUCUUGUUGAUUGGCUCACAUUAGCCAAUUUUUGUGAGCACAUCUGCCCUUGGAAGGGGUAUCUCAGUUCUCCCGUGGAAGCAGAGCUUUUCUGUUUUAAUUCCAUCACUGGCAUAAAUAAGAGAUCGUUUGGAAGGUAAAUCACGUGUGACUUACACAGCUGAUAUCACUCAGAACUGUGGAAGGAGUGAGUCAUCUUCCCUCAGAUGCUGGUAGAUGUUAAAUGCCUCAGAAUCUAAGCAAGAGUCAUGUUACUUUGGGAAUUAGCCAUACACUUAUCUUGAAAGAUAAGAUUUGGUCAGACAGUUGCCAUACAAGAGCUGAAAGCACAGGAGAGUGCAUGGUGCUCUGGUAGAGGACCUCCCCAAUGCCUUUGAAGUGAAUGACUAAGGACAUAGACCAUUCUGAUUGACUAACCUUUCUGUUUCUGCCAAGUGCCAUAUUCAACUAUCCCAUUCCCAGCAGUGCUUGCAGGAUGGAUAUUUGGUUUCCAGUAUAUUGUUGCGGCUGUGUCCUGCCCACCCCUUCCUGCAGUGUAUGGGGGAGUGUGGUGGCAUGAAUGUUAGCCAUAGCCCUGGAGAUUCAGAAAUCCUGAGCAUGCCUGCUAAGUAUCAUGCUAAAUUACUGCAUUGCCUUGGGAAGGUCACUUACUUUUUUGCCCUGCCCAGCUUCUCCAGCUGUACAAUUUAGGUUUCAGGCUCUGCAUAAAGUAAGGAUACUUCUCCAGUGCUGUGCAGGAGCUACUUAAUAUUAAAACAGUGUGUGGCACCCCUUGAUGUUAGCAGGCUGGAAGGAAAUCUCUCUCUGACCAUUGUCUUUGUUGCCUUUCCCAGACACAGGUACAGAGGGCUUCUCAAUACAGCACUGUAGGUGUUGAGUAGCUGCAUAAGGUAAGCCAAAUUCUACUGGAGAUGUUGACUUGCUAGUAGAUACAUAGACUGUCAUACAUAGACAGACUUAUUUUGAACACAAACGCUCAUGAUCAGGUGGCUGGUUUGUCAUCUGAAGAGCUGAUACUGGAGUUUUUGCAUUUGGCUAAGUCUCUGUAGUUGAUGUGAGAACAUCAUGCAGUCUCAGUCUCACAAUCUUGUAAGAGAAUCAGGGUUUGUUUGGCAGAACUACUAGUGCUUGUCCCUGUCACAGGAACAAGAAAGGUGUCCUAAGUACAUGGAAGAGAUUUGGAAGCAAAUACAUGCUUUCUACUGACAACAAAAAGGAAAGCAAUCUCAGACACUUCAUUAUGUACCUAAAUUAAGCAUUUUACUUCAAUGGAACUUCUUAGGUGCAGUUGUUCAGUUGAAAAGAGUUUAGGCAAAUAUCUCAGUACUUUCCUGAAUAAGAAAUUUUAAAAGAUAUUUAUCAUCUUUUCAGGUAAGCAGAAGAAAUCUGCACCAUGGUUAAGACAGUGAGCUUGUGAAUCCUGUGACUUUUAGUAGCAUCUCUCAUAAUAGGGAAAAAAUAUUAUGAAAAAGAAGAACUAUAUUUAUUUUUCCCUCCUCACCCUAUUCUUAUUAAGCUAUGAUAGUCCUUGCUUCUUCACAAAUAACUUCAACCAUAAGUUUCUAUGAAAUCCAAGGCGGAGGCUGAAGAAGUUUGAUGGAUGGACAAGUCAGACCAGCUAGAUACAACUUAUUUCAGGCUGGAUCUACAAACAAGACAUGUUCCUUUAAGUACAAGCUGCCAAGGACUCCUCAGAGGAAAGAGAAGGCAGGUUUCACUCUUUCAAAUGGUAUCAGUGUUUUUUGCCCUAACUUUCAUUUAAAGCAUGAGUGUCUCCCCGCUAAGACGUUAAUAACGCAGGGCACUCUCUGUUUCUGAAUCAAUGCUUGCGUUUAGCAUAGAAGUGUUGAGCAAUUGACCAUUUUCUAGGCAGAGUGUCCUAUUCACCCCAUGCAAAUUCAGCUGCUGGUACUGUGAGCCUAUUUAACUGAAGCUCAAAGAAUUGAAAACUCUCCUGUCACAAAGGCAGCAGCGGGUUUGAUGCUCUAGAAAAUCCAGCACCCCUGAAAGCUAAAAGGCAGAGGCUGGCUCUUUGCUUCAGCCACUCAUUGCUAGCAAAAUCUUCUAGCCCAGAUCACACUGAAAUACCGACCUCAAUGCUUCUGAAAUGCUCUGACUAAUCUCUGUGGCCUGCAUCCCCUAAUACAUAAGUAGAACCAGCAGAACAGGAAGAAAUAUGCCCUUGCUAAAUGAAACACAUCCAUUCAUAUUUUCCCCUGGCCUUGUGCUGGAGAACUGUGAAAAAAAAACCAAACAAACAAUUAAAGAAUGAGCUCAUUCAAGUUUGCUUUGGUCUUUCUUUACCACUUGCCUGUGGACCUUUCUCUAGCCCUCACCAUGGAUCCAGUUCCUCAUGCAGCCAAAUACUGUUCCUGACAGAGAAUCAGAAUUUUCUGCCUCGCAGAAUGUUACUGCCAAUUGUUUGUUUAUUUUCACAGUCUCUCUGUCAGCUUGAUGUGCAUGUGUGUGCCCACGUGUGGGGAAGAUGAGGAAAAGGGAGAAGAGAGAGAAGGGAAGAACGUUCGGUAUUAUUUUUUCUAACUGUGCCUCUGCAGCUGUGCCACUGAAUGACUGGUCUAAGUCAGGAUCUUGUGUGGCCUGUGCUCUAAUUUCAUUAGCAGAUAGUGCUAUCCCUGGGCUCAGAGCAUUAAAAAUACUCCUUUUGUGAGCUGAGCUCCUGAGCUGUGUGAACAUCUGGAUCCAAACCCUGAAGAGGGCCAUAAGUACUCUGUGCUGAGUUUGUUAGGCCUCAUGCCAGGGUCACAGAGCAGGAGGGAAAGGGAAACAUUAAAUAAUGUUUGUCAAGUCGUUUUCAUUGUGGGAGCUUCCCAGCCCAGCCAUGUCAUCACUUCUGUACCUCAGCUUUCCACACACACAGCGGCCCUCCCUCCAUGGACAGCAGAGAGUUUGGCCAGAUGUAAACUGGUAGUUCCCAUUUUAAUUUUCCUUUUCUUUCUAUAAAGAAACAUGGCAGAAGAUCUAUCAUAGGUACUGUACAGGUUUUGCCUCACAUAACUUGUUCUGGCACCUCACUUGAGUUCUGGACCUCUCCUCAAGUCGUUCCACUGUCCCUGAAGUGCCUAAGCCAUGCUGAACAGAGGUCGAGAGCAGGCACUCUUCCCUACCUUCUGCCCACCCAUUUCCCUUCCUACUCUGAACUGGCAACAUAGGACAGACAUCUUUGGCUCAUGUAUGGAUAUGAGAAGCAAUGUCUCAGACACUUUCCCCCUCAGCACCAGAGCAGGUGCUGAAGCACUUAAACAAGACCAAAGAGAAACAUGGUUCAUUGUUUGGAUUCUGAAUAUCUCUUUGUCUUUCCAUGCUAUUGUUUUAUUUGCAUCACUGCUCUGUUCAAUCUCAGGUAAAUGAGGUCUUUUGUUUUUUUAACUAGUUUUUUAUUUACACAGAAAGGUUGGUGGCUAGACACUUCAGCCAUUUUCCUUCACAGCUCCAAGACCUUAUUGGUUAUUAAAAAAAAAAAAAAAAGUCAAAGGGCCUCCACAUUUGGAAGGUAAAUGAUUUAGUUUGCCAUUGACCUUGUGAAGUCACAUUUAUAUUUAGAGAAAGCCAUAUGAAAUCAGACUGCAAUAUUAAUUAUGAAUGCUAUUCUUGUGUUUAAAAUAAAUAAAACAAAAUAUAAGAUCAUGUGCUAAUUCACUUUGGAGUUCCUCUGUCUAUGUUUCUAGUACCACACAUUGGCUUAGGUCCCUCCCAGCCCCCCUCUUUCAUCAUGAAAGACCAUACCAAUGCUGCUGAAUACAUCUUUUUGGAAAGCUUACUGUGCUAGAAUAAGCAUUGUUAGAAACUAGCUGUUGUGACCUCAACGUAAUGUCUUAUGUAUCUGAAAGUUGUCUGUAUCUGUUCUGAAUAUAUGUUAUCAGGAUAAUUGUUUCUCCAUGCACUGAAUUAGUAAAAUGUUUCAGUACUGUCAUUGCAAAAUUGCUUGUUUUCUCUCUUUCUCUCUCAUACACAGAAAGAAAAAUUCAACUUAGCCAUGCAUUUUCUAGUAGAAAUGCUCCCCAGCUUUCUUUCAGAUGCAUGCAGUACUCUCUAAGCAAUUAGAAGAUGAUUUAUAGUAGAGACUUUGUGAAUGUGAAUUUCAUUUGUUAUUUGCCUGCUACUUUUUCCUGCAUGAUGUGGGUAAAUGGUAUGAUGUUAUUUUAAAAUGGAAUCACAGCCAAUAAAAAAAAAAAAAAGUGAU